AUGUACACAUUCGCUAAUAUGGCAGAGUCUUCAGUAAAGGACCGCCUGCGGCUCCAGUCAAAUGCCUUUGAUGGCAUUCUGAGUCUCAUCCCUGCCAAGAUGUACUACGGUGAAGACACAAGCGAUCAAUGGAACAAGAAGAAGCAGACCAAAGAGGAAGCCGCCGCUGCCCGUCGAGGAAAGCUGGAUCCUGAUAGCGAGCUAAACCGAAACGCCAAAGAGGUUAUGGAUGAGCGUGCCAAGAACAAGCGCAAGCUGCGCGAGAUGGAGCAGCAGGACGAAGCCGAGAAUGAUGACGACUGGGAGGAGUACGAGCCUGUUCCUGGUGUAGACAGCGAAAAGCCUGGCGAGGGUCUCAAGGCGGCCAAGACUGAGAACAACAAGAAGCAGAAGCUCGAUGAGGACGAAAAUGAUGACGCAGAGCCCAAGGAAUCCGCUGAAGCGACCCAGUCUUCCAAGCUGUCAAGGAGGGAAGAGAAGAGAGCGGCCAAGAAGGAGAAGAAGAAGGACAAGAAGACUGAGAAGCCAGAGAAGAAGGAACAAAAGACGACCAAGGCAGAGGCACCCAAGACUGAGACCAAUGAUGCGCCAGCUCCCACAACAAAAUCUCAGAAGCAAGCCGCCAAGAAGCAGGCAAAAACCCCUGCCACUAAGGCCCAGAAGCAAAAGGGGGAUCAGGAGGAAGAGGAGGAGACAACAACUGGCGAUGGUGAAGUUCUGCCCAUGGAUAUUUCUGGUAUGGAGAAAGAGGAUGAGACCAGUGGAAACUCAAGUCACGAAUCCGAACCACACUCCCCUACGUUCGACUCAGCAGCUCCUGCAGAAACAGCCACCGACCCUGCUAGCACUACUACUUCUAUCUCAUCUACCGUCACCCCUUCCGAAAAGCCCAAGCACAUCAAGCUCCCCGCCGACACUACUGCCAUCCGAGCGCGUCUUGCUGCCAAGAUCGAGGCUCUCCGUGCCGCCCGAAAAGCAGAUGGUCCUGAUGGAAAGCCCAUUCGCACACGCCAAGAGCUUAUCGAGUCAAGACGAAAGAAGCAAGAGCAACGAAAAGCUCACAAGCAGGAGAUGCGCGCGCAAGCUAAGUUGGAAGAGCAACGCAAGCGCGAGGAGGCAUUAGUAUCCAACUCGCCCGGUAUUAUGAGCCCCGCUGUCGAGCUCGACGAGAAUGCCAGCAACUUUACCUUUGGUCGCGUCGCCUUUGGCGAUGGUGCCCAGCUCUCACGCGACCUUGGUCAUGUUCUGACCCAGGGCAAGAAGAAGGGACCUUCUGAUCCCAAGACGGCCCUCAUCAAGGUCCAGAACCAGAAGAAGCGUCUUGAGGAGCUCGAUCCCGAGAAGCGAGCUGAUAUCGCCGAGAAGGACGUCUGGCUGACAGCCCGCCGUCGUGCAGAGGGUGAGAAGAUUCGCGACGACGAAGCUCUCCUCAAGCGCGCCGUUAAGCGAAAGGAAGUUGCCAAGAAGAAGAGCGAGAAGGCCUGGCGCGAGCGAGUCGACGGUGUCAAGCAAUCCCAGAAGGACCGUCAGCGCAAGCGAGAAGAGAACCUGCGCGCCCGCCGCGAUGAUAAGCUUCUAGGCAAGGCUGGCAAGAAGAAGAAGAAGGGUGGUGCCGCUGGUGCUAAGAAGAAGGGUCGUCCUGGCUUCGAGGGUACCAUGGGUGUUGGAGGUGGAAAGAAGGGCGGAAAGAAAUGAGCUUGAGGAAGAACAGAGAUGAAGAAAAAUAUUGAUUGAUUGA